CGGAUUUUUUGAGAAGAGCCUCAGCUCUUCAGAGCAGCGGCAGCCGCUGGAGGAGUUGGGCGGCUGUUGCUCCCUCUCCGCCCGGAGGAGGAGGAAGAGGAGGAAGAAGAGGCUUCGGCUGCCGCCUCUCCGAUCCCCCUCCCCCCCCUUCCCCUUCCGCCCCACACCUUUAUGGACGAGCGGCGGAGCUUGCUCUACUCUCCGGCCGCCUCCUCCGCCGGCCGGCAGCCUCGGGGCGGCUCGAGCAGCAGCCACCACAACCUGGGCUACACCGAGCCCCCCGCCGCCCCCCAGCCGGGCCCCGAGCAGCAGGAGGAAGAGGGCGAAGAAGGGGAGGAAGGCAGCAUGACCGUGGUGGGAGGCGGCGGCGGCGGGGACCCUUUGCUGGAGGAGCCCCAGCAUCCUCCUGCGCUGCUCGGGGGGGACCGCUACGAUCAGCCCCCGGCUCCGGCCGUGCCCGCCGGGCAGCCCGCGGGCAGCGGGGAGCACGAGUGCUGCGAGCGCGUGGUCAUCAACAUCUCGGGGCUGCGCUUCGAGACCCAGCUCAAGACCCUGGCGCAGUUCCCCGAGACGCUGCUGGGGGACCCCCGGAAGAGAAUGCGCUACUUCGACCCCCUCCGCAAUGAGUAUUUUUUCGACCGUAACCGUCCCAGCUUCGACGCCAUCCUCUACUACUACCAGUCGGGCGGGCGCAUCCGGCGUCCCGUCAACGUCCCCAUCGACAUCUUCUCCGAGGAGAUCCGCUUCUACCAGCUGGGGGAGGAGGCCAUGGAGAAGUUUCGGGAGGAUGAGGGUUUCAUUCGGGAGGAGCAGCGGCCACUUCCUGAGAAGGAGUUUCAGCGCCAGGUGUGGCUCCUCUUCGAGUACCCUGAGAGCUCUGGGCCGGCCCGAGGCAUUGCCAUUGUCUCUGUCCUGGUCAUCCUUAUCUCCAUUGUCAUCUUCUGUCUGGAGACCCUGCCCGAAUUCAGGGAUGACCACGACUAUGAGGGAACCGGGGGGACCUUUGGGACAGGGGGUGGUCCUCUCCCACCUGACGUCUUCACCAACUCCUCAUCCUCGGCUGCUUCCAUGGUGUCAUCCUUCACUGACCCUUUCUUUGUGGUGGAGACUUUGUGCAUCAUCUGGUUCUCCUUUGAGCUGCUGGUCCGUUUCUUUGCAUGCCCCAGCAAGGCCACCUUCUCCAAGAACAUCAUGAACAUCAUUGACAUCGUGGCCAUCAUCCCCUACUUCAUCACGCUGGGCACGGAGCUGGCUGAGCGGCAAGGCAAUGGCCAGCAAGCCAUGUCCUUGGCCAUCCUCAGAGUCAUCCGCCUCGUCAGGGUCUUCCGCAUCUUCAAGCUCUCCCGGCACUCCAAGGGGCUGCAGAUCCUGGGGCAGACCCUCAAGGCCAGCAUGAGGGAGCUGGGCUUGCUCAUCUUCUUCCUCUUCAUCGGCGUCAUCCUCUUCUCCAGCGCCGUUUACUUCGCGGAGGCCGAUGACCCCAGCUCGGGGUUCAGUAGCAUCCCCGAUGCCUUCUGGUGGGCCGUGGUCACCAUGACCACCGUGGGCUAUGGGGACAUGCACCCCAUCACCAUCGGGGGCAAGAUCGUGGGGUCUCUGUGCGCCAUCGCGGGGGUGCUGACCAUCGCCCUCCCCGUGCCCGUCAUCGUCUCCAAUUUCAACUAUUUCUACCACCGGGAGACGGAAGGUGAGGAACAAGCCCAGUACAUGCACGUCGGGAGCUGCCAGCACCUCUCGUCCAGUGAGGAGAUGAAGAAGGCUCGCAGCAAUUCCACCCUCAGCAAGUCCGAGUACAUGGUGAUCGAGGAAGGGGGGAUCAAUCACAGUGCAUUCAAACAGGCUGCCUUUAAAGCAGGCAACUGCACAACCACAAACAAUCCCAACUGUGUGAACAUCAAAAAGAUCUUUACGGAUGUUUAAAACAAACCCAAACCAAACAAACAGCAACAAAAUCUGAGGACGCGGUAAAACGAUACCAAUAAUAAUACCAAUAAUAAUGCAAAGUGACUGUGUGUCGGUGUUGUGUGGAACAUGCACCAUCGUCGGUCUGUGUGUGCCCUCGUUUUUAUACUUUUAUUUUUUUAGAUCCUUCCUUUCUAAAGAUCCAAAAGUAAAAGGAUUUAAAAUUCUCUGGAGAAGAGGACAGCUAAAGGGUAAAGAGAAGGAAGAUGAAGACAAACCACACUCACUGUCAAAACAGGUGUUUGUUCUGCAACGUGUUGCAGGGCUGCUUUGCUUUUUGGGCUUUUGGGGAACCUCUUGCUUUGCUCCCGAAUUCCCCCCCUUUCCCUAAGGGCAGUGUGUAGCCGAUCUCCCUUCCAUCACAUGAAGUAAUUUAUUGGAUUAACAAACCUGGACUGGGUGGAGGAAUGAGGAAAACAUGAGGCAGAGCGUACUGGGAGGGGGCUGGGAGGAAAUAACCAUUUAAUUCUGCAGAGAGUCUCUGUUACCACAUCGUUAAAUGAUGCUUAAUAUUGAAACAUGUGAUGUGCCAUUAUGGGCACAUCCCAGAUUCCCUUUUUCUCCCCAUUAGAUAAUUUAUGAAAUUCUAAUCUGGUCAGAGACCGAGUGCAAUCAAUACCGGUUUAAAUAGAAAAAGAAUCCCCUAAGCCUUCAUUUUCUAUUCUGGAUUCCCUUCCCCUGUAACCUGACGGAAUUAUUUCCUCCAAUGUCAAGUUUGUGGCGGUGCAGCAGGGAUGUGUGCAGGGGGAGGGAGAGGAGACACAGACUGGAAUGUUUUUGGGAGCAGGGAGCGGUGUCGGCACGGAGCAGGAUCCACGAUGGGCUCCUCGCCAUGGCUGGGAGCCUCCGACCCACCCAGCCGGAGACAAAGGGAUAUUUCCUCCUCUUUUUGCAAUGCCUUUGGAAGAGAUGCAGCCGCUUAUCACCAGAAGAUUAAAGUGGUGAACACGCCUUCCAGCGGAAGUCACUAAUUCCGACCGGAGUGAUGCAGUUGCCAUGGUGACCAUGGUUUCCUGGGAAACCCCCAAAGGUUGUCAUGGCAUCCCUUCUCCCAUCCCCCUUGGUCCUUGCUCUUCCCGCAAAAAGCCUUUCCAGAUGGUUCCAGCUCCUCCAUCGUGGCUCUGCACCCCCUUCCUGGUUCCAGCCACGCUGCUCCUCCCGUGUGCCCAGCAAAGCAUCCACAGGCAAUAAACACCCCCAGAUCCUCCUGUCCCUCACCUUGGCAGUGGAACCUGGGGAUGGAGGUUCAUCCUGCUCCACCAAGAACAACCCCAAAGCCACUGGGAGCUGGCACCGAGCAGCUGCCGGGAAGCUUGGCCGGGGAAGCUUUGUGAAACAAGGGGGACAGUAAAAAACAGGAUUGAAAAAUAACCAAAAAUCCCACCGGGGAAAAUUCAUCUUCACGCGUGCGCCAGGGGCCAUGGGACAUCUGAUGGGAUCAGAUCACAGAAGAAGUUUUGAAAUGAAGACCUUCAGGACUGUGUUGAGAAAUGAAACAUCUCCAAGGAAAGGACAAACAUCCCAAACAUCUCCAAAACGGUGACCAACGCUGCCGUGGGCCCGACUGACAGAGGGCCUGUCCUCCCCACCUAAACCCAGUCCAUAUUUCAUAUAUUUAUUUAUAUAUGGAAUAUUCCCCACGUUAACUGUGUUUUCUAACAAGUGCAUUAUGUAAAAGGGAACAUCUUUGGAGCCAGAUUAUCUUCAACUCAUGUGCAAUAUAACGAGACUGAGCAAAGCCAGGAAAAAGGAGGAGGAGAGGUGGAAGUCACUUGGACAUUAUUUCAGUUUUUUUUUUAAUAUUAUUUUUUUAAAAGAAAUCUCUUGAAAGAUGAAGCAGCCAGAAAGGAUAUGUUAAACAGAGCUGCUAAAACUCAGUCCAAGUGUUUUGCUCGGGGUGGGAGGGAGUGGGGGGAAAUUCAGUUGCUGUCGCUGUUCCCUGGUGAAGGCCACGGGCUGUUCUCAGCUCUUUGAGAAUCAUUCCUGUUCCAUUUUUCUCACUUUCCUGGAAAUGCCCUUUAUAAGUAGCUCUGUGCUGUACCAAAGGCUGUGAUUUACUUUAAGUCCUUAUUUAGAAAGAAACAUCUCUGCUGGUGCUGAGGAAAAUGGUGUCGAACAGUUGUGCCUUCCUAUCAGGAUCACUCCAUGAAAAAAUAAGGACAAAUUGAAUUUCCAGGGUAGAAAAGGUCUAAACCCCCAAUUCUUGGCUGACCAUGCUCCUGCUUCAUUUCAUGAGAGCCUCUCUGCCCUUGUCUGCACUUCCACAGUUCCCCAGUCUUGUGGGAAUAUUACAGUGUUGCCUUGCCAAUUCUGUAAUAAUGGGGAAUUCCAUCCCUCCUUUGCCUGUUGCUGUUUCAUUUUGCACAUUGAGGGUUUUGGUGGCAGGUUUAGAGCUGUGGGUUGCCCCUCCUGGGCUGGGAAGCUCUUAAAGCUGGGCUUUCUAUAACCUCACUGUGUUUCCUAGGAGGGCAUGGAUCAAUAUGAUCCUGGUGCCAUGAGAUAAAUGAUGUGCAAAGGGAUAAAUGAUGUGCAAAGGGAUAAAUGAUGUGCAAAGGGAUAAAUGAUGUGCAAAGGGAUAAAUGCAAAUGGCAAAGGGGUUGAUGGUCUCUCCUGCUUCUGGCUCCCCCUUUUCCCCCUCCCCAGCCUCAUCCACCUGCUCAUGCUGCCUCCAUCCCAGCUUGGAGACCAAAACCCUCCCAGCACAGCCUCUGUCGGAGGAGCAGAGUGAAACUUGGCACAGCGUUGGAUUUAAGGGUGAAAAUAAUGUUGGAGGGACUCAGAUAAGCACAGGAACCUCUUUGUCUGUAUUGCAAUAAUUCCCUGGGAAUGGUUUGGGAAUGUUGAUUUGGACUGGACAGAGCCAAGUGAGCUGGAGCUUCGUGUGAAGCAGAGGCUGCUCAAGGGGAGGUAACAGGAACCAAAAUGGUUGUGUGUGAAACAGACCCUUGAGCUGAUGCUGCUGAUUGUCUCUGGUGUCCAAGAACAAGCCUUGAGGUCACCACCGGGUAUCUGGAAGGUGGAGCAAGGACCACUCUUCCAGAGGGAAGCACCAAAACCUGGAUCCUUACCCCCUUUUUACCUGCAUUUGACAAGGAACAUCCACAGGAGACACACGUGGGGCAUCCUCAAGGCACAGCCCCAGUGAGGAUGAGCUGAACCAACCCCUGCAAGUCUCAGAAACAGGAAAAUGGAAUAUUCGAGGCAAAGCAGCCAACUAUCUGCACCACGUUUGUCUUGCAAAAGAGCUUUGAAGAUGAACGAGAACCCUGCACAUAUAAAUGUCAGCUGAAAUUCGGGUCGAGAAAUUCCCUUAACGCUGGGGAACGAUGUGAUUCUUACAAGGAACGCGCCGGCUUUGGUGAGGCUGUGUUUAUUUGGUUUGUUUUUGAAACACGGAUAAUUUCUUGGCUGGAAUUCCUCCUCCUGUCAUGGCAGGUGCACCACUGGUGCUGGAGACUUUCUUCAGAAGGGCUUGGGGGGCCCAAACACAGAAGUCUCCGGGGCUCUGCACAGGUGCAGGUUGGGCAGAACGGGCUGAGAGGGCGAAAAGAAGCAAAAGUGUUAAAGCCAGCAGUUUUAGUCAAUUUAAUCAGUUGGAGAAUGAAGAGCAAAUAUGGAUCUGGCUCUCGGUAGGACGUUGCUCUUCUUGCAUUUAUUCCCAGCACGGAAGAAACCCCGUGGCCACUGAAGCCGUGGGUAAAGGGAGGAGACAGGGCUGGUGCUGCCGGCACCCGCAUUUCCCACGGCUGGAGCAGCGCGAGGUGCCGGGGGACAUUGGGAUCGGGGACCAGGAUUGCUGGGGGAGCACAGGGAGCAGGUCCCGAGCCCGUGGAGAUGAGCGGGGGGUGCCAAGGCUCGACAGGGAUGCGGAGGUGAAACAACCCGCGGGGUGAAAUCAAUGCGGUGCGAAAGCCGCCCGCACAAAUUAGAGCUAAUUAGAGCAGUGGCUCUCAUUAGCUCGCCUUGGCCGUGCCCUGCCCGGAGGCCAGCCCGUGCUGGGAGCGGGGAGAGGGAGUUUCUCCUCGGGAUUUUCCAGCGGAUCCCUCCUGCGGCAGAUCCCCGCGGCCGGGGCGCUCCGAGCAGGGAGCGCAGCGCUUUGUGCCGGGCACAGCCAAACGCGCUCCGGUGUCCCUGACAGAGCAGCUGGGUCCCCUCCCCGGCCUCUCUCACCCCAGCACUCAAAAGAGUUUUUGCUCGAAGCAUAAAAUCUCAGAGACCUUAAAGAACCCCUUUAAAAGGAGCCGGCCAAGUGGCCGGUGCUUGGGGCGAGGGCUGGGCCGGUUCCAUCGCGGGGAGCCCCCGGUGGCUCUUCCCCAGUGCCCUGGAGGGAGCUGCUGGCAGGCUGGGGGAGAUGGAGCUGGCCUUUUUUUGGGACAUCUCACCUCCCAAACCCCUAAGGAGCUGCAAAACACAUUUGUUUGCAGCCUCCCUGCAGCGUGACAGGUUCGCAGUGUGCUCUUGAGCCUGCAAAGGAGACCGAGCAAAGCUUUAGCAGCUGUGAAGUAGCGAGAGACCGGCCCCAAAGCCACUUUCCCACCGCGUUGAUGGGUUUGGGCUGCAAACAGCCAAAGGAGGGGGGCCCCAGGCUGCCCACACAGGUAAGGGCGCAUUAACAGGAGGAGAAUUGAUUUUCUGGAUUGCAGCACAGACCUGGAUCUUGGGAAACCCUGGUCCCAAAGGUGUUAUAUUUAGUUUCUUUUGGAACAUGAUCUAGUAGCCCUUAAAAUGGGGGAUAGAAUGUAUCAGUACUAAAGUUAUUUUUAUUUUUCACCGGUGUUACAGAGAGCUUUUUUAUGGUGUGUGUGUGUAACAUAAUUAUACCUCAUCUGUUUCCAGUAGCCACUUGUUACAGCAUCUCUCUGUUAGGGCUCAAAAUUGUACUUUCAUUAUUAAACUGGUGGGAAAAACCUUAUCCCUUCACCUGGCUGGGUCGGUGGGUCCCUCCUGGCCACCUCACACUGAUGACAAUCUUGCCAAAUGCCACCUCUCCUCGGUGUUGUGCGUUCUGGCACUGACCACAUUGCUCUGUGCUCUUGGGUUUCUUGUGCUUGGUCGCUGAGCCAGCUGGGUGUUAAUGUGCUUUUCCACAAUAAUUGGGAGUUUGAUAGUCUUUAACUGUCAGUCCAGUGUAUUAAUGUGUGUUGUCACCGCUCUGAGCCCAGCCUCGUGUGUGUUGCAGAUAACCAUCGUGCCGGGACAGCCGUGGCAGGGCUGCGUUUGGCAAGGGAAGGCAAAUUAAAAAUGUAUCCAGCCGAUUAAAAAAAA